CAUGACGGCAGCACCCAGUCUCCUAGAGGACGUGGCCGAGGGCUGAGCUACGGCAGCAGACAGAAGUCUGAGCAGUGAGAUUGAGUCUCCUGCAUCUCUCGCACUGGACCCACCUAAGCAAGAUCGGUUCGGGAUUGAAGCAGAGACAUGCAUACCGGUAGCACUGCAUCCAAUCAGCUACUCCAGCUCGUGCUCCUUACACUGAUAUUUUGGGAAGGAAUCUUCAGCAAAGGUUUCAACUCUUUAAUUGGCCCGUACAUUGCCUAUGGCGAACGAUUCUACAACUGCCAGCCAAACAACCGCCCGCUUCCCUGGAUAUGGAAUUUGCGCGCUACUCACUUCAACCCAUACAAACCAAAAGAGUUACAACGCGUGACAGGCAAUGUGAAAGGUGCAAAUGGAACUAUUGAUGACCACUGUUGGUCAAAAGUUAUUGUGGAUAUUCGAUCAAACAAUCAAUGGAAAGAAAACGCCUUUGUCUUAAGUUUUAAAAACAAUGCAUGUCGAUAUGCUAGAGAAUAUACUCCUGGUGUUUAUAAGCAGAUUUUAAAGGGAGAAGAUGAAGGCGCGUGCAUAAGGCCACCAGGAGUUUACGAGGUCAAUAACACCCCAGUGGACUGGAGUUUCCCAACAGUUCCACUCAUACCUUAUGGAUACUACAGGUUUAGAGUCAUGUUUGGCAAAGCUGAAAACCUUUACGGAUGCUGGGUGGCAGAUGCUAAGGCUGUUCCGAGAACCGACUAGGACUAGCAACGAGCUGCUGAAACUGUUUUA